CUUGAAAAUUAUCGUAACGUUAGUCUGUGCCAUUUCUUCUAGUGAGCAACAAUCUAGGAAAAAUGAAGGGUGCCAUACUUCUUGCAUUAGCUUGCCUAUCCGUGGCGGCCGCGUCCCAAGAUAGGCAAAUGAUGCUCCUGGAUUUACCGAAAGACAUUUUGGGUGAGCUUAUGGCGCUUCUUAAGGGUCAAAAGGUUGUGAAAUCGAUCCAGUGUACGGAUCCAAAGCCCAACGACAUCGAGCUAUUGUUGUACACGCGUCACCAGAAAUACGAUCCGGUCGUGUUGGACGUAUUCGCCCCAUCGCCAAUCAAAAGUGACAAACCGGUGAUAUUUAUCACCCACGGUUGGUUACAGGAUAUCAAGGAUCCUCAACUGCAAGACCUGAAAAAUGCCUAUCUGGAGCGAUACGAUUCGGAUGUUGUAAUGGUUAACUGGGGAAAACUGGCUUGGGACUUGUACGCUCGUACAGCUUGCAAGGUUCCCAAAAUAGCACAAAUUAUAGCAGAUUAUUUGUGUCAAGUUAAUUAUGAAAAGGGAAUGCCGUUGGAGAACGUACAACUCGUAGGUCACUCCAUAGGAGCACACCUGGCUGGAUUUGUUGGACAAUUUACCCAGCAAAUGUGUAACAAACGCGUCGGUCGCAUCACAGGAUUAGACCCCGCAGGUCCCUUGUUCAACGAUGCACCCACCGCGGAACGUUUGGACAAGAGUGACGCGGACUUCGUUGACAUCAUACAUACUAACUCAAAAACCUUCGGUUACAGCGACCCAAUCGGACACGCCGAUUUCUACGCAAGUUGUGGUACAUUCCAGUCCAGUUGCGUGAUUCCCGAUUUCAAAUUGGAUAAGCUUAUCAACAUGCCGAUGGAUGCAGUUUUCUGCAGUCACCGUCGCUCUGUCGACUACAUGAUUGAAAGUGUCUUGAGUAGUAACUUCGUUGCUACCGAAUGCAAGUACUGUCCCAUUGGAUGCCCACCCGUAAUUGCCCUUGUCACACGGCCUGGUAAGGCUAUAUUAGGACAACAAUGUUCUCCAGACACAAGAGGAAAAUAUUACGUCCCCACCAACCUCAAGAGUCCAUAUGCUACUGGUGGCCGAAUCUGAACGUGCAACCACUGUUACUCUUGUAGCGAAUAAAUAAAUAACAAUUUGUGGCACCUUAA